AUGAAUGUCAACGAUAACGCACCUCAGUUCCCACAGACAUUCUACACGAUACCUGUUAUGGAGAAUAACGCGCCUGGAGCUUUACUGAGCUCUUUAACUGCUAUAGAUCCAGAUCUCCAUGAAAAUCAGUAUUUAGUUUAUUUUAUAAUAGAGAAGGAAAUAGUGAACACGUCCAUGUCCAUGCUGUUCUCUAUUAACCCAGAGAACGGGAAUCUUUACGCUCUAAAGACGUUUGACUAUGAGAUAGAGAAGGAGUUCCUUUUCCACAUCGAGGCCAGAGACUCUGGUGUUCCUCCGUUCAGCAGUAACGUGACCGUUCACAUUAUUAUCAUGGAUCAGAACGACAACACGCCGCUUAUAGUGUCUCCAUGGCGCGCGCACGGCUCGGUGGUGGAGGAAAAGAUCCCGAGAUCCACCGAUAAAGGAACUCUGAUAGCCAAAGUCAUCGCCAUAGACUCUGAUUCAGUGCACAACUCUCGAAUCACGUACCAGUUCCUCCACAACACUGACGCCACAUUAUUCAGCUUGGAUCAAUAUAACGGAGAGAUCCGGACCACGAGAAUGUUCAGUUACAGAGACUCGCGCCACCAGCAGCUGGUUGUGAUCGCCAAGGACAACGGAGAGCCCGCGCUCUCUGCUACAGUCACCAUCAAACUGUCCACGGUGGAGACCGCCCUUAAAACCUAUGCUGACAUGACUGAGGUGCCUUUGGGAUAUGACAUCUUCUCCGAUUUAAACCUGUAUCUGGUGAUCGGACUGGGCUCUGUUUCAUUUCUUUUACUCAUCACUAUAUUGGUCACCAUCGUGCUGAAGUGUCAGAAAACGAAGCCCAGCAAAGCGGCUCCUCCGUGCAGGAACAGUGUGAUCAGCGAGAGGAACUCGACCAUCGCGGAUUCCACUCUGGUUUCCAACGAUGCCUACUGGUACAGUUUAUUUCUAGCAGAAACAAGGAAAGGAAAGCUGGUGGUCAGACAGCCUGUGCCAAAGGGAGCGAGAUACAUCGUGUCCAGUUUACCGAGGAGCACAGGACUGACCGAGACCAGCGACUCAGCUGCAUCUACACUACAGGUAAGACAAUCUAAAUCAAUAAUCAAAGAGAGAUUUACUUGACGUUUUACGCACAAUUUCUAAGCGAAUAAUCAUUUCGUGCGCCUUUGUAUAAUACGCAACACAAGUGUUUCCCAGUUUUAGAAAAUGGCAUUCUACCUCUUAGAG